CCCGGCAAUUACACAGUUCACCACUCCCUCUCCUCACUCACUUCAGCUCAUAAAAGCUCCUUCUUUAAUUACUUACGGGGGGAAAUCACGGGAAAAGGUCAUUCCUUUUCUACAAAGAUCGAUUCUUUCUUAACCCAUUCGAUCUGGUGUUUGUUUAGAAGCCUUAAAGUUUGUUCCUUUCUUUCUCAGAGAUCUUUUUUUCUCUUCUGGGGUUUUUGUUCUCUCUUCUUUCAGGGUUUGUGGAGAGAGAGAGAGAGAGAAAUGAAGGAGCUUUUGUGGGUAGGGUUCGUGGCAGGGCUCGUUUUGGGGAGUCAGGCAAAUGGGUAUUUAGAUUUCAAUGUGACAGAACUGGAUCGCAUUGAGGAAUUAGAGUAUGGAGCCUCCAAAUUUAGCUCCAGUUUCAAUCCGUUAAUGGUUGGACUCACUCUCAUCAGAGGAGCUGGUGCCAAAGGAGCCGUUUGUUUGGAUGGAACAUUGCCCGGAUAUCACUUGCACCGUGGUCAUGGAUCUGGCUCCAAUAGUUGGCUCAUUCAAUUGGAGGGAGGAGGAUGGUGCAACAACAUUAGGAACUGUGUAUACAGGAAGAAGACUCGACGUGGAUCGUCUACUUACAUGGAGAAACAGAUACAGUUUUCAGGGAUUUUGAGUGAUAAAGCUCAAGAAAAUCCAAAUUUUUUCAACUGGAACAGAGUAAAACUACGUUACUGCGAUGGUGCUUCCUUCAGCGGGGAUAGCCAGAAUCAGGCUGCACAGCUUCAGUUCAGAGGAGAGCGUAUAUGGAGAGCUGCCAUGGAAGAUCUGAUGGGAAAUGGAAUGCGAUAUGCCAAACAGGCGCUUCUAUCUGGAUGCUCGGCUGGUGGUCUUGCAGCGAUAUUGCACUGCGAUGACUUCAGGAAUUUGUUCCCAAGAACUACCAAAGUCAAGUGCUUGAGUGACGCAGGCUUGUUUCUGGACACACCUGAUGUUUCUGGUGGCCGCACGAUCAGGAAUUUAUACAAUGGUGUGGUUCAGUUGCAGGGCGUGAGGAACAACCUGCCGCGUGUAUGCACUAACCAUCUUGAUCCAACAUCGUGUUUCUUCCCUCAAAACUUGAUCAGUCAGAUCAAAACUCCGCUUUUUAUCGUCAAUGCAGCAUACGACACAUGGCAGAUUCAAAGCAGUAUUGCUCCUCCGACCGCAGAUCCUAGCGGGUAUUGGCGUGACUGCAGGUUAAACCAUGCUAGAUGCACUCCAGCACAAAUCCGGUUCUUGCAAGGAUUCAGGAAUCAGAUGCUGAGAACAAUCAUGGGGUUCUCGGCAUCAAGACAGAACGGUCUGUUCAUCAACUCCUGCUUCGCUCACUGUCAGACCGAGAGGCAAGAUACUUGGUUCGCCGAUGAUUCUCCCAUUAUCCGGAAAAGGGCGGUGGCGGUGGCCGUGGGAGAUUGGUACUUCGACAGAGCAGAAGUGAAGCUAAUAGAUUGUCCGUACCCUUGUGACAAGAGUUGCCACAAUCUUGUCUUCAGAUGAUUUUAUUUUCAUAUUCUUAUACGUACAAGUUCUUUCCCCAUCAUCUAUACAUCUCUGCAUCUCUACCAAUAUGCCUCAUUGGAAGAAAUAUAUAUAUAUAAAUAAUUCAUGGUCUCUGAAUGACUGUAAACUCUGAUGUCUCAGAAGAGUUUGAAAUGAGAUCAAAGAGAACUCUUUUUGUUCCUCUUCUUCACUC